AUAAUAGAAAGAAACAGUCUAGAGCAAUAGCUCAAUCUGAUCGAUCAUGGCAGCGUCGCCGGAGUGGAGCGAGAGCGAGAACCAGAGGUUCGAGCGGGCGCUGGCCACGCACGACCGCGACGAGCCGGGGCGCUGGGAACGCGUCGCCGCCGCUGUGGGAGGAGGCAAGACGGCCGACGACGUGAAGCGACACUACGACUUGCUCGACGUUGACGUCCGCAACAUCGAAGCCGGCGGCGCCCACUCCAGCUCCAACUCCAACCGAGGCGGCACUGCCGGCACCAGCAACGGUAACAGGCGGGCCCAAACCUGAAUGAUGGGGUCGAUCGUGCAGGGUGGUCUGGUCGGUACGAGACAUUGACAUCAUCCCUAUCUUCAUCAACGCAUAUAUGUGUGUGUGGAAGUAACUAAGUACACGUACACUACGUGCCAUGUAUAUGUGCACGACAGUCUGCUGGUUAAUUAGUGUGUGUUCAUUUCACCAAUCUGAAAAUAAUCAUUAACAACAGUACAAACCAUCCCAAAAAUAGUAAAAAUUACAAAUAAUACCAGUACCGAGUUCGUGCGAUUAGUUUGUUCACUAGCUUUGUUGUGUGUUUAUGUUCGUCCCGAUCGGAGUGGGAAAGGCUGCAAUCUCUUUCCAUCAGUUCGGAUUAAUGGUUUAAUUAGCCACUGCAAUAAUCUUUCAUGACAUAAAAACUAAGGUGUCUCAAGUUCAAGAUCCUACUCGUGCGGUAUUGAAAACAUAAGAAAAAAGAUUCCGUGGCAUGCAUCAAACCUACGCUAAGGAUAA